CAUCCAAAAACAAAUGAGAAGUGGCGCAAAUGCUCUUUCAUCAUUUUCUGUUAUUGGGUUGCAUUUUUUCUCGGUCCUUUGGCGCACAAAGGUAUGCGGUUGUUAUCUUAUAUGGAACACGGCCAUCUUUGGGUAGAUUCUUUUUCUACUCAUUAUUCGCUUUUCUUGUUGACAGGGGAUGAGAGUUUAGAGGAUUUGUGCGCAUUGGUCGACUUGAUAAAUAUUUGUUAUCGAAGUCCUUCCUGUUGGACCAAUGAGUCUUCUUUAAUACAAGGUGAAAGAGUAAACCUCGAACAGGUGAGAGAGUAUAUCAAGUCUUCUGAGAUACUUGUAUUGAAGAGAGACGGUACUGGCUCUAAUGGCUCCUGUAACACUGUUUCAGACGCAACUUCAGCUGCACCAACUCUUCUCGGUUGUAUUAGAACUGGUCCUGUUUCUGAAACAGUUGUUGGACCUUUGGCAGAACCUGCAGGUUAUGUUGGUUUGUUAUGUUCGCACCCCUUUUGUCAAGGAAAGGGUAUUGGGAGCUUUUUGAUUAAGGCAGCGGAAGAAAGAUGUGCAAAUUUCCACGGGCUGAACAAGAUGGUUAUGGAUGUAUUGGAUGCUCGUGAAGAAUUAAUCCAGUGGUAUGGAAAAAAGGGCUAUCAUCGAACGAAGAAUUUCGUACCUGCGAGAUCUUUUAUUGAAGGCAAAGGAGAACUUAUGUUAAAGGACUGCAAUUUUAUUUUAUUGGAAAAAAAGUUAGACAUGAAGUGAAGUUACUAAUAAGUUGUACAACAAUAUUUUUGAAAAAUUAAAAGUUUUCUACAUCAUAUAUGUAGAAAUUAUUAAGUGAACAAUCUGUUUGUUCUGAGUAACAAAGAUUGAAUGAAGCAACUAUCUUAUUCUCAUGAUUAUCAAAUGAUAAAGUAAAGAGCCCAGUAGGUAACUAUAGUUGAGGGAGAUUGAUCUGACUUAUCCAAAAGUCCUGUUUCCAUGGUAUUUCUCUGCGCUUUAUUGAAAGCUAGUUGUGUUGUCAUUCUACUACUCAUUCAUACUGUUGCUCGUGAUAUCUCAUAAAACCAACCAUACCGACCACAAUUUGCUUUCAUUUGCUCAAAAGUUUGAGAUAAAAUGGAUUUUGGCUCAAUUCAUAAUGUGAUUAUGUAUUU